AUGGUGACCAUCAAGUCACUGACGAAGGAGCAGUUGAAGGACUUCUUACAACAGCAAGAGUUAUCAACUACAGGCAAUAAGGUGGAAUUAGUUGCACGAUUAACUGAACACGUGAAGUCAAGCGGCGUAGUUUUGCAAUUUACAAACGAUAAUGAGGAAUUGCGGAGUGAAAACGAAGAAUUGAGAAUACAAAUUAGCGAACUGCGGCAAAUGGUUCAACAAGUAGCCUGUUACGUUCAACAUCUUUUGAUAUUUUUUAUUAAAAAAGAAAAAUAUGGUGCUAGAGCUGUUGGCGUAGCACACGAUCACCAGUGGAGGAAACAAUACUGGUGGACGAGACUAGUGCUACUUGGAGUGGAGCUGGGCGUCGCGGGUAACCCGAGGCCUACAUUAAAAGCCAUUAACCAGAAUAACGUUAGAAACAAUCAAAACAGUACUUCAGAAAUGCCUAGUAAGGACCGUAACGCGCAUUCUAUACAAGAAAUCGCAGAAGUCUUGCCCGAAUUCGACCCAACGAAUGAAGAUUCUAUUACGGCUACGCAAUUUGUCGAACGUGUUGAAGCUGUUAUGUCUGUAUAUGCGUGGGCCGAAAAAAGUGUGCUUCUUGCAGUGUAUAGCCGUUUGAAGGGUGUAGCGCGCAUGUGGGUGGACGCAUCACCAAGAAUGCAUGCUACUUGGAAGGAGUUCUCAAAUGAGCUUGUCACCGAGUUCGGUUGCGAAUACGAUGAAGCGGAUGUACAUUACAAUAUGUCGCGCGUUGCUCGAAGGCAAAACGAAAUAAUAACUGAGUUAAUUUUUCGUUUCUCUGCGCUAAGACGACGUCAUAAUCUUAGUGAGAUGGCUAUCACGAAAUACGCCCGAGAAGGAUUAAAACAUAGAGAACUACAAAUGGAGAUUGCUCCGCAAAAAUUCGUAUCCGUUAAAGAAAUGCGUGAAGCAUGCGAGAACUUUUUACAAAAUUGCAUUAAGAUAAACGAAAAGCCUUUUCAUAAUGCGGGUGAAAGCAAACAAAGAAUACAAUCGUUCAGUAAGGCAAAGAAUGUUAUGUGUUACAAUUGUGGUGAGUCAGGACACUUGUCAGUAAAUUGUGCAAGACCCCCAAAACGUCCUCGUUGUAUAGAUUGUAAUAAGGUGCACCCCAAAAAUGAACAUCAAAAUUGCGGAAAACCAUCAGCUUUCGUACGAAAAACAAGUAUUAUCGACAAUAAAUUCCUUAAGAAAAUAACGAUUGGUGGCAAGCAAGCCAUUGCAUUUAUUGAUACUGGAAGCGAAUGUAAUAUGGUCCAGGAAACAUUUGCCAACGAUAUUGGUGGUACGCGCAGCAAAAACCUAUUUACCAUCGGUGGAUUCGGUGGUGGUAUAGAACGAUCUGAGAUACAAAUCGACACGGAUUUGAAAAUCGAUGAGGUUGAAAAAUCGAUGACGUUGCACGUCUUCAAAGAUUGUGUGUUGAAUUACGAUCUAUUGCUCGGGGACGAAAUAUUCAAUAGCGAAAAUAUACGCGCCGUAUAUGACAACGGACAUUUCAAAUUCGAAGACAAAGUAAAAACGACGUGUAAAAUUAAUAAACUUAGUCUAAUAACGGAAGAUGACGUGUGUAUGGACACUGUAAAUUCAGAUUCUAAGGGAAAGCUGUUAGAGGUGAUGAAUGAAUUCCGAGAAUGUUUCGCUACAGGUAUGGAUCUAAUCGGCAAAACUAGUGGAGUCGAAAUGAAAAUUGAGGUAAUGACCAACGAGGUGAUCGCACAAUUCCCGUAUAGAGUUCCGGAACCGAAAAAAGAAAUCGUUGCGAAGAAAAUUCAAGAGUUGCUCGACAAUGAUAUUAUAGCUCCGUCUGAAUCAAGUUAUGCGAGUCCAAUGUUGCUUGUGAAGAAAAAGAAUGGCGAUCAUCGACUUUGCGUGGACUACCGUCGGAUUAAUCAAUUCACUCGAAAAGAAUGCUACCCAAUACCCAAUAUCGAAGAAAAUUUAUAA